GAAGCACAUCCAUCGAAGGAGGAAAGUGAAAUGUCUCCAGACUUAAGAGAGAAUUUUGGAGAUGUAGAUGGAAAGAAAGAUCGGGAGAAAAACCAAACAAAUAAAGGCAGAAACAAAUCCCAGGAUGACUUCCCUGAAAUUCUACAUCUUCACACGAUAUACAAGAGAGAGACAAAGAACGAGUGUCCUGCAUGUGGGAAAAACUUUGCUACUACGUCCAGCCUGAAAGUGCACUGGAAUACUCACACAGGAGAGAAACCAUUUGCCUGCUCACAGUGUGGAAGGAGAUUCAGCCAAAGCUCGACUCUUAUUUCCCAUGAAAGAACCCACACAGGAGAGAAACCAUAUAAAUGUGUGGAAUGUGGGAAAGGUUACAGUCAAAGCACAUACCUUAUUUCCCAUCAAAGAAUCCACACAGGGGAGAAACCGUAUACUUGUUCAGAGUGUGGAAAAAGUUUCCGCCAUAAGUCAAACCUUACAACCCACCAAAGAAUCCACACAGGGGAGAAACCAUUCACAUGCCUGGAAUGUGGGAAAAGCUUCAACCACAGCUCAACGCUUACUUCACAUCAAAGACUACAUACAGGAGAGAAGCCAUUUAAAUGCCUGGAGUGUGGGAAGACCUUCAACCAGGGUGCAAAACUUAUUAGCCAUAAAAGAAGUCACACGAGAGAAAAACCAUUUAAAUGCCUCGAGUGUGGAAAGAGUUUCUGUCAAAAAAGAACCCUUGCGUCCCAUGAGAGAACCCACAGAGAAGAGAAGCUGUAUAAAGUCUUCAAAGAUAGAAAGAGAUUCAGCCAGAACCUUGUAUCCCAUCAGAGUACCACCAUAGGGGAAAAAGCAUUUAAAUGCCUAGAAUGUGGAAAGAGCUUCCAUCAAAGCACACAUCUUACUGUCCAUCAGCGUAUUCACACAGGGGAAAAACCUUUUACUUGCUCUGACUGUGGAAAGAGUUUCACUCAGAACUCAAACCUUAAAGCGCACCAAAGAAUCCACACAGGGGAGAAACCAUUUAAAUGCCUGGACUGUGGAAAGAGUUUCAAUCACAGCACAACACUUACUUUGCAUCAAAGAGUACAUACAGGUGAGAAGCCCUACAAAUGCCUGGAGUGUGAAAAGAGCUUCACUCAGAGGUCUCAUCUUCUUACACAUGAGAAAAUUCACACGCAAGAAAAACCAUUUAAAUGCCCUGAGUGUGGAAAGAGUUUCAGUCGAAAUGCAAAACUUAUAUUCCAUCAAAGAAUCCACACAGGAGAGAAACCCUAUCAGUGCUUGGAAUGUGGAAAGCGAUUCAGUCAGAACACAAACCUUGCAUCCCAUCAAAGAAUCCAUGCAGAGGAAAAAGAAUUUAAAUGCCUGGAGUGUGGGAAAAGCUUCACUCAGAGCACGUAUCUUAUUAUACAUCAAGAAAUCCACUCAGGAAAAAAAGCAUAUACAUGUUUGGAAUGUGGAAAGGAUUUCAGUCAUAGUGCAGGUCUCAUUAGACAUAAAAAGAAUUUGCACAGGAGCGAAACCGGCUCAGUUCCUCAAACGUGAAAACUGCUUCACUCAAAAUCUUAUUUUCAUCAAAGAAUUCAUAUGGGGGAGGGGGAAAUGAUUUGGGAGAAAACUUAAAAACACAUAUAAACAUAAAAAUAGGGAGAAAACAUGCAAACACCUAGAAUGUAGGUUCAUUGUAGGCCAUAUUUUUAAACAUGAAAAAAUUCACAAAGUGCAGAAAACCAUAGAUACACAGAGAAGCUGCUGAAAGACAUUCUCAUGAACCUGCUCUUAAUAGAUAUCAUCACAGUAUUCACGCAAUGAACUAGUAGUAUAAGUUCUUAGAAUGUUUGUGGUUGACAAAUUUUAACAUACUGCCAUCCAGGAGCAACCUGUAGAUCAUAUGAAAAUAAAUUGUGUGAAAAUAAAUCCACCAUGUGUUGCCUGAGCAGAACCUUUAUGUCUAGGGCUGUACACUGCCUGCUUUAUAUU